AUGGGCAACGAAGCUCUGUACGUGAACCGCGUCGUCGCUCCCCAGCCGGACCUGGGCAUCACCACCCAUGGCUCGGACUGGCUCUACGCCGUGUGCGCCAUCAUGUCCGUGUCCUGCCUCGCGACGGUGGCCCACUCCAUGACGGUCCCCCACAGCCGACGCCUCUUCCACCAGAUCACGGGCGUGCUGCUCCUGGUGGCUGCCAUCGCCUACUUCAGCAUGGCCUCCAACCUGGGCCAGGUGCCCAUCCAGGCCGAGUUUGUGCGGCCCGGGUCGAGCCAGGUCGGGGCCGCCGGCACGCGCGAGAUCUUCUACGCGCGCUACAUUGACUGGUUCGUCACGACGCCGCUGCUGCUGACGGACCUGCUCCUCACGGCGGGCGUGCCCUGGUCCACCAUCCUGGCGACCAUCCUGGCGGACGAGAUCAUGGUCGUCUGCGGCCUCAUUGGCGCCCUGACCCAGACCCGGUACAAGUGGGGGUACUGGGUCUUUGGCAUGUUCGCCUUCUUCUACGUCGUCUACAACAUCCUCGUCGUGGGCCGUCGCGGCGCCACCGUGCUGGGCGGGUGGGCGCGCAAGACGUACUACGCGUGCGGCGUCCUGACCAUCUUCCUCUGGUUCCUCUACCCCAUCGCCUGGGGCGUCUGCGAGGGCGGCAACGUCAUCCACCCGGACUCGGAGGCCAUCUUCUACGGCGUCCUCGAUGUCCUGGCCAAGCCCGUCUUCUCGGCCAUGCUGCUCUACGGCCACACCAAGAUUGACUUUGCCACCCUGGGCCUGGGCGUGCGCGAGCCCGGGCACCCCAACGGCCAUGCGGCGCACCACGAGAAGGCGGCGAUGGCUGGCUACCAGAAUGGCGCGCACAAUGGUGCCUCCAAUGGUGCUCACAAUGGUGUGUCCAAUGGUGCCUCCAACGGUGCCUCGACUGCCAACGGUGCGCAGCCCCCUGUUGCGGCCUAA